UUUGUCAUAAAGAUUUAUAGCACUGAAUAGAUAUACUAUGAAUGGAAAUAUAUUGCUUUGACUUUUUAAGAAAAUUGGAAUGACUUACAAUUUGAAACGGAGGGAAAUUGUAACGGAGGGAGUACGUUGACCUUGCAAGGACCUUUGCCGGUCAUCAGUGUCUUGUGCCCCUGUGCCCUGACGGGAAAAAAAACAUCCUCUCUCAAUAUAGAGGCACAGGCACAUAAAAAUCCAAAUUACUAGCAAUUCCGUGUUGAUUUGCAAUCCUCUGCUUACUGUUAUUCACAAACGAAACCAGGCAAGCAAAUAGGCUCUCAUGGAGUCAUGGAUCAGCAGUAGAUAAGGUGUAAGAUUUGCUGAGGAAUAGUCAAGAACAUAGCUAGUGGGAGAUGACGCUGAAGCAUCUGUGGGAGGUGUGGGGGGAGUGGGAGAUCCGCGUGCUGGUCCUCUCCAGCCUCGCCCUUCAGGUCUUCCUCCUCUUCGCCGGCGGCCUGCGCAAGCGCAUCGCCGAGUGGUGGCUGCGCAUGCCGCUCUGGCUGGCGUACCUCCUCGCCGAUUACAUCGCCAUCUACGCACUGGGCAACCUAUCCCAGAACCAGAAGCUCUGCGACGGCUCCCGGAACGCCGAGAUGCACGUCCUCGUGUUCUGGGCCCCCUUCCUCAUCCUCCACCUCGGCGGGCAGGACACCAUCACGGCGUUCGCCGUCGAGGACAACGAGCUCUGGCUGCGCCACUUGCUCAGCCUCGUCUCGCAGGUCGUCCUCGCCGGCUACGUCUACUGGAAGUCGCGCCCGGGGGUCCGGCUAAUGGUCCCGGCAAUCAUAAUGUUCAUGGCCGGCGUCACCAAGUACGGCGAGCGGACGCUGGCGCUCCGGGCGGCGAGCAUGGGAAGCCUCCGCAGCUCCAUGCUGACGCCGCCGGACCCGGGCCCCAACUACGCCAAGUUCGUGGAGGAGUGCCAGUCGCGGACGGACGCCGGGCUGGUGGCCAAGAUCGUUAUCGUACCGGAGCGGCCCCCCGACGGCGACGCCCGCGUCGAGGUCAGGCGGGUGGAGUACGGCGACCUGGUGUGCAGCGCGCACCGGCUCUUCCACACCUUCCGCCGCCUCUUCGUCGACCUCAUCCUCAGCUUCCAGGACCGCACCGACAGCCUCGCCUUCUUCCGGAGGCUGGAGAUGGAGCAGGCGUUCAAGGUCGUGGAGAUCGAGCUGGUGCUCAUGUACGAGUCCCUCCACUCCAAGGCCCCCGUCAUCCACGGCUGGCUCGGCCGGGGCCUCCGCGUCUUCACCCUCGCCGCGCCGGUCGUGUCGCUCGUGCUCUUCGCGCGCGCCGCCGGCGACAUGCGAAGCAACGCGCGCGUCGACGUCGACAUCUCCUACGUGCUCCUGGGAGGCGCCAUCUUCUUGGAGACCUACGCCAUCCUCCUCAUGGUGAUCUCCCCCUGGACCUUCGCCGAUCUGCGAGCCAGCGAGCGGCUCCGGCCGGCGGCGGGGGCGGUGUUCUGGCUGAUCCAGCUCUUCCAGCCGGAGACGAGGCCGAGGUGGUCAAACCGGAUGUCGCAGUACAACCUCAUCAGCUACUGCCUCAACGACGAGCCCCGCUGGUACAAGGGGCUCAUGGAGCGGCUGGAAUGGCGGUGGAACUUCCGCGUGAAGACGAUGUGGGACAGCUGGAGGUACACGAAGAAGAUCGCCGUGUCCAAGGAGCUCAAGCAGCUCGUCUUCGAGCAGCUCAAGAGCAAGGCCAACAGCACCAUGGAUCCCAAGACCUACCGGAAGCUCGGCGAGCACCGGGGCCAGUGGGCGCUCCAGCGCAAGGGCCUGUACCAGCAGCUGGGCUGGAGCGUGGACUGCGAGUUCGACAAGAGCAUCCUCCUCUGGCACAUCGCCACCGACCUCUGCUUCUACGCCAACCAAGACGACAUCAUCGGCGGUGACCCUCUGCCGGCGAUGAGCAGGGAGGUGUCCAGCUACAUGCUCUUCCUCCUGGUGAUGCGCCCGUUCAUGAUGACGGCGAGCAUUGGGCAAAUCCGUUUCGGGGACACCUGCGCGGAGGCCAAGAGCUUCUUCUUCCGGCGAGCCGACGAGGCCGGGGACGAGGCCGGCUGCGCGGAGAGGCUCCGGGCGGUGGACACGUCCAUCGCCGAGCCGCGGGACGUGAAGGGGGACCGGAGCAAGUCGGUGCUGUUCCAGGCGUGCAAGCUCGCCCGGCAGCUGCUGGAGCUGGAGGGCGCCACGGAGGCCAAGCGGUGGCGGCUCGUCACCAGCGUGUGGGUGGAGAUGCUCUGCUACGCCGCCGGCAAGUGCGCCGGGAGCGCCCAUGCCAGGCAGCUCAGCCAGGGCGGCGAGCUGCUAACCGUGGUGUGGCUGCUCAUGGCGCACUUCGGCGUCGGCGACCAGUACAGGGUGGAGUCUGGCCACGCCAGGGCCAAGCUCGUCGUUGACACAUAAGUACAUAACCGACCGCUGGGCUCGCCAGCCAGUAGAGGGCUAGAGGCUGGUGGUGCUUAGUGAGGAACUGACAUAUGAGCCGGUUGAAGCAAAUUGAAAAUAUCCGAAAUCAAAUUUAAUAUAGAAUUUGGAAUAUAUUCUAUUAGAAGAA